AUGUCUAAUAACAACUCACGACAAGAUGACUUUGAUUUAAAAAAAGAAGAACAAAUUGAAUCAACACAACAAACAGAUUUUAAUUCAAGAAUGGAUUUAAUGUCAAAACAACAAAAUGAAGACCAACGAUUAUUUGAACAAAAAUUAAAAGAAGCAAUUAAAGCAAUGAAUGAAGAAAUAGAAUCAUAUAAAAGUGCUCUUGAAGUUAUGAAGAAGACAUACGUUCAUUUAUUGGAUGAAACUAGAAAUGAAGAAGAAAAAGGAUUUGAUGUAGUUAUGGGUAAAGAAACAAGAGAUCAAAAAUUAAAAGAAAUUCAAGAAAAGAUGAUUGAAUUAAAUACUAUUUAUAAUGCUAAAUCAAAAGAUAUUAAAACAGUUAUUGAAAAUGCAGCAAAAAAAUUAAAAUUUGAAGAAUUAAAACAAAUGAAAAUGAGAGUACAAGAAAUGAUUAAUUCAUUAAAAGAAUAUAAAAGUAUUAUGGAACAAAAUGCAGAAAAAAGUGAAGAAAUUGCUAAUACACAAAAAACAUUAAAUCAACAAUUAGGAUAUGUAUUAAAUAAAAAAAAAUUAGUUACUACAACUAAAGAACAAUUAUCUCAAUUCAUUAAAAAUAAAAAUUCUGAUGAAAUAGAAUGUUUAUAUCAAAUUCAUUGUGAUGAAUUUUUCCAAUGUGAAUUAGAACCAAAUGAAUGGUUAAAUAUCCCUUUAAUUAUUCUUAAUAAUAUUGAAACUCAUUGUUCAACUCUUAAAAUUGAAAUUGUUAUUGAUUCUUUGGAAAAAUUCGCUGAAGUACAAGGAUCUUCUCAAUUAUCAAAUGACUCAUUAUCUAUACUUAAUACUGUUAACUCUCAUCUUAGUCAUUUAAUUUCUUCACCAUUAGCUAUUCAAUGUCCAAAUUCUGUUACAGCGUAUCGUAUUUCACAAACAAUAUAUGCAGAAUAUACAACAGCUUCUCCAACUGUUCCAACAACAUUCUCUCUUUAA